GACUGGAGGGUGUUCAGUUCUGUAUUCACUUUUCCCAUCUAUAACUCCUAAGUGGGUAAUCGAACUUGAGCAACAACAAGAGCGGCAGCGCCUAAUAUAGGGAAAGAAACAAAGAUGAACACAGACAUAACAGCUUUGGCGAAACCAGAGUACCCCGUUGUAGAUCGAAACCCUCCUUUCACCAAAGUCGUUGGCAAUUUCAACACCCUCGAUUACCUCCGUUUCAUGACUAUCACUGGCGUUUCUGUCACCGUCGGCUACCUCUCUGGAAUAAAACCGGGAAUAAAGGGGCCGUCAAUGGUGACAGGAGGGCUGAUAGGGCUAAUGGGAGGGUUUAUGUACGCCUACCAGAACUCAGCGGGUCGACUAAUGGGAUUUUUCCCUAAUGAGGGUGAGGUCGCCCAUUACCAGAAACGUGGAUUCAACAGCUAGCCUUCUUUCUUUCACCUCUAUUCCCUUUUUUGUUAUAAAUCUUUAUUUCAACGGCAUAUUGGAUGAUAAUGAUUGUCAAUAAUCAGAUUGCUUUCGCUGAUUUCUUGUUGCUCAUUUCAAGGCUUUUGUCUUGCUACUGUAUUCUUAGAGGCUUUAAAAAAGUCACUUAUGGGUCUAAGAUCCCAAUGAAAUGGAGUGUUAUCCCUUUUCCUUGUCAAUUGUCAUUGGAUGAUUUUAUAAGGCACCAACCUUUUUU